UCAAGAUGUCUUCCUCCGCUGCUGAAUGCUCGCUCCGUGGCUCGGUUAUUGGUACUGUACCUACGGUUGGUUCAAAUCGUUUCUACCGUUGGAUUCCGGCUGGAGAUGACUUAGCUCUGGAGUAGGCAUAUUUAUUGGCCUAUUCAUGAUAUCAACGUGAAACUGCUGUCGUGAGCCAGCUGGUGAAUUCCUUCCGGCAUACGCAGGACGCUGCUUCGGGAAUGGAGGAUUUGGAGUUUGAGUUCUUGGACCUCUCUGGCCUCCAUGAAAAUGAAUUGCGCUCACUGAGAAAUCUUCUGUCUCCUAGUAACUCAUACACUCCAAAAGACUUGGAAAUAGAACACCAUCUUGGGAAUUCUUAUGGACUUGAAUUCUUUCAUACCCACAGUGACCCCUCUUCUCCCCUCUGUAUUGAGGAACAAAGUCAGACUGAUUCCAAUGUCAGCAUAUUCCAGACUGGGAAGAGUGACCAGGAAGUUUUCUAUCCCCAUGCAAAUUCAACUGCAAAGGAUGAACCUCAGAGCAGUGAAGCACUUUCUCAACGCUGUCCAGUAGAGUUUGAAGUGAGGCAUGCAGUGUCUAGACGUUAUGAAGCACAGACAGUUUCAGAAGAACCAGUCGGAGAGGAUGUUGUUACUGUAGAUGGAGACCUGAAUGCAAGUCACAGUGAGCCCCCAAAGACUUGGGCAAGCUUAUUCAAGAAUGGAGCUUCACAAGCAUCUUCUGAUGCAUAUUCUGUAAGUGUUCAAGAUUUCAGUCAUCUGAGUGAGACAUUGCAACCUGAGAACAGAAGUAAUGAGAGUUUAGUGAAAGUUUUAGCAUCCCUUCACUUGGAUGAUCAUUCAGUUUGGUAUUUACCUCGGGGACUCAUCAACCGUGGUAACUGGUGCUAUGUGAACUCAGUGCUCCAGGCUUUAGUAGGUUGUGCCCCUUUUCACAAUCUCUUUCGCUCCUUGCCAUGGGAAGCCCAUGCAGAAACUCAAGUGAAAUCAGGUACACCAAUGCUUGACUCCAUGAUCCAACUCCUUUAUGAAUUUGACCUGAUGCCACGUCGUCGUUCAAGCAGAAGUUUGCCUCGUGUGGUGGACCCUGCCCCAACAUUUGAGCCAAGUUGUGUUUACCGUGCCCUGUUGGAUGUCCACCAUGACAUUUUCAAUGUUGAAGGGCGACAGGAAGAUGCUGAAGAAUUCCUUAGUUGCCUGCUGAAUAGCCUCCAUGAAGAAAUGUUGAGUAUAUUGAAUGAGGGUGACUCCAAAUCUCCUGGGCUUGCCCAGGGCCUCAAUGGAAGUGAGGAUUAUGCAGAUGAAAGUGAUGAUAAGGAAUGGCAAGUUCAAGGUCCGCGAAAAAAGAGUUGCAUAACUCGUGUCACAGAAACCUCUUCAUCACUCAUAUCUCAGAUUUUCCAGGGACAAAUUCGUUCCACAGUCCAUCGAACUGCAGAACAAACUACUGCAACUUUGCAGCCUUUCUUUACCCUUCAGCUUGAUAUUCAAGGCGACAGCAUCGAUAGUGUGCCUGGUGCCUUAUCUUCACUUGUGGCCAGAGAAACCCUUGACCAUGCAAAUGAGAAGCAGAUUGAGACAAAGGUCAGUCGCCAAAUGGCAUUUGAGAGUCUGCCACGGAUCUUGAUUCUGCAUCUGAAGAGGUUUUUGUAUGAUAAAAAUGGAGGUUGCCAAAAACUCACCAAAGAGGUGAAGUUCAGCAUAGACUUGGAAAUUGGGAGAGAAUUGUUGUCUGUUAACAUCAGGAAUCGAUUCCCUCAAAAGCAGCGACAAUACAAGUUAUUUGCUGUGGUCUGUCAUGAUGGAAAGGAAAGCUCCAAAGGUCACUAUAUCAGUGAGGUUUUCCACCCAGGUUACCAGGGAUGGCUUCGGUAUGAUGACAGUUUAGUGCAUGCGAUAUCAGAAAGUGAACUUCUUCAUCACAAAUCCCCCUGUGUUCCAUAUUUGUUGAUGUAUAGGAGGGUUGAUACUAUUGGCUUGAAGUGAAUGCAUUCUGCAAGCAAGUGAUAAGGUUUGAUUUUGUGUUGAGUUUCCUUGCUUGUUUUCGUGUAGUUGAAGGAGAUUAAUAUUUUGAGGAUUGUUGAGGAAUGAUAUUUCGAUGUACUUGCUCAACAAGCUUUGUGUAUUGAGCAUAGUCCUGUGAUUUCCUAUCCAUCACUGAUAACAGAUGUUGGUAUUUUGGAAAUGAAUUAUAUAUGGAAAGGCCUUUGAUGUGUUGAUCGCAGGAACAUAUAAGUUGAAACCAUAGUUUGUGUCAAGCAGAUUGUGUUUAGAUUGACAUGUCACAAGAGCCCCAAGGCUCUUUCUCCAGUUUCGCAUGGUUCAUACCUUUAGAGGUGGUAUUGGAAACAAAAAUGAACCCGAUUUUUGUGAUAUAAAAUCUUUUGAAAUUA